AAGAAGAAGAGAAGAAACAGCAUGACAACAAUAUACGGUACAAAUCCGACGGCAGCUAACGACCAAGCCCCAAAACUGGAGUACAUCACACGCACCAACAACCAACACCACGUAAGACCCGGCCUAGCCACGCGCCGCCCAUGGAAGCAAAUGCUCGACCUACGCUCCUUCCACUUCCCACGUAAGAUAGCCUCAGUAAUCACCCGAAUCAAAACCAACAUCGUCUACUUCCAAACCAACUACACCAUCGUCGUCCUCUUCUCUGUGUUUCUCAGUCUGAUCUGGAAACCCUUCGCCCUUCUAAUCCUACUGGCCCUUAUCGGUGCGUGGUUGUUCCUCUACUUCCUCCGCGACGAACCACUCACUGUAUUCGACCGAGAGAUCGACCACCGUGUUGUCCUUAUCGUCAUGUCUGCUCUCACUCUCUCGGUUCUUUUCUUGACUGACGCAAAACUCAAUAUUGCCGUGGCCGUCGUGGUAGGCGUGGUGGUUGUAUUGUUACACGCAGCUGUUAGGAAAACCGAAGAGAUUAACCAAAACGAAGAUGAAACCAGUCCUUUACUUCCCCAAGUAUAAAAUAGUCUUCAUUUGCUAGAAUAUUUCACAUUCAUGGCUACGGUUGUUUAGUUGUUUUUUUGUUUUCUUCAAAUCCUUUUUCACUAAACUCUUGUUACCAUUGCUUAUUAGCAUUUAAUGUUUGUUUUCUAUUA